GCAAUCAAACGUCCUACGGAGAACAAGUCGUCGAUCGACAGCCGUGCUCGUACGUCGUAGGCGGCGGCAUCGGGGCAUGGACAGGUGCGGCGGCGGCGCCAUGGCGUCGUACCUGGUGGCAGUCGUCCUGCUCGUUGCGCUCUUCGCGUCCUCUGCAAAAUCAGGUCGUCCUGAGCCACUCGACGGCGGCGGCAACGUUAACGGCAAUGGCACGGCGCCGCCAGUCAACGGCGGCGGCCCCGGCCCCGGCCCCGGCGCCGUACUGAAGCUGCAGUUCUGCAUCCAGAGGAACUGCGUGUACGAAGGCCGUGGCAACGCCCCGUGCUUCUGCUGCGGGGCCUUGAAGCCCAACCAGUGCUACGAAACGAGGGACCGGUGCAGCGGCAACUGCGUGUAGCGGUGUAGCCGCGCCGCCGCCGGCGAGGGCGAGCGAUGGGAGAUCGAUCGAUCGGUCCAUCGAUCUCAGCCGCCGCCGCCGCCAUCGAAUGGCUAAACAACGAACUGCGUGUUUUUUUUUGUUUUUCUGUCUUGAAGAAGAACCUUGGUAAAUUGCGCUGUUAUAGUGCUAUA